AAAUGUUCUUUUGGGUGAUUCAAAUAUAUGUUCACUAUAUGCUUUACGAAGAUCUGAAACUGUUGAAAUGCUGGCUGAAUAUUAACUUGUUUGGGAGAUACAGGCUCAUGGAUUAGGUCUUUGUGUAACAGAGAAUUACAAGGGUUAAUAAAAUAUGAAACAUGAGCCCAGCAAAGGGCGUAACAUUGGGUCACUUCCAGUCCCUGCUCAAAGAGUCCGCCACUUUUCAAAGCCAGCGAACUCAAGUUAAGGUGAACAUGCCUCGCAAAAAGCAAAACAGGGAAAACAAGGACAUCCGUUCCUAUUUGAAUAAAAAUGACAAUCCUGGCAGCAGCAGCUUCUCCACAGCACAGAGUUCACAGUCGGGUGGAGCUUCAGGCUUUCAGCCAGAAGAAGCUACUGGAGCUAAGAUCCGCAGUCAAGUGAAGAAGGAGAACGAGUGUGAUUCAGUGGAUGAACAUUCACAUCAUUUCAAAGUGAAAUUCUCUCAUACUGACCCUUAUGAGUACACUGUUUCCUGUAAUCAACCUUGCACAGUGCUGGAGGCCAUAAAAUCCACUGAAAAGUAUAAGAAGACAAAUAUGCCUUCAGAUGAAAACCUUGUAAUUCAGCUGGGUAAAGGGGAUCGUGAUGUUCUUGUUCCAACACAUUUCCCUUGUUCUUGUGUCGGUCCUGAUGAGUUACUGAUCAUAUCACGUAAGUCAGAAAAGGUUGAAGAGGCCCAAACCCAACAUGACAAAACAAUAUUUUCAAGAGACAAAUAUUCUGUCUUUGAUGUUUACACUGUAGGGGGGCUGUACACCAAACAAAAGACACUUUUUAGAAACCAAACUGCUGUCAAACAGUUUAAAUAUGUGCGUGUCUAUGCGGAGAAGGGAAUGACUGUGGAGGAGGCCCUGAAAAGAGAUGGUCGCUUCAUUGAUCUGGGCAACUUUACCCUGUCUGACAAUGCCAAUCCAAAGUCCAUCACUGAUCGUACACAGAAAGUUGACAACCUAAAUGGAAAACAAUUCAAGAUUUGUCUUCCACGAAACAAGAAUACAAAUGAAAAAAAGCAGCAGGAAAACUCUCCAUGUGCGUCAAAUACUUCACAACAGAGGCGUGACACAGUGGCAGUGCAUCAGAGAGGAAGGAGUGUCCAAGCAGCACUGAAAGACAGUGACAACACUGAGGAGAUUUAUGAAAUGCUGCGUCAGCAGUUUCCACAUCUGAAAGAAAAGAUGGAGAGCAGAUUUCCCAAUGAUUCUUAUCAGGAAACACUGAACCUGAGGAAGGAAGAGUUUGGAAAGAUCCAACAGUCGUUCAGUGAGGUGCACAGAGUCAGGAAGCUGCUCACACUGGGCGAGUCAGUCUGUAAGGUGGUUGUUCACGAUGUUAGCCAAGGCACUGGUUUUGUGCUGUUUGACAACUUUGUCUUGACUAACGCACACCUAUUCAAAAACUGUGUUGAGGGGGGGCGGCUGAUGGAGGACAUCAAUGUGUCUGUUCUCUUUAACUAUGAAGAUCCUGAGCCGCACACAAAAUAUUUUUACUUCCAGGUAGCACACAUUCACACAUUCAUCCACUACAGUGAGGGUGACCUUGAUUAUGCCAUACUUGAGCUGAAGCGUGAGGGCCAGAAACCCAGUGAAACAACACAAACAAAGAAAAUAAAGAUACCACCAGGUCUCCUGAAGAACUUUGCUCAAAUGCCUAAGAACGGUGAGGCCUGUAUUAUUGGUCAUCCAAAUGGAGAAGUGAAAAAAAUAGAUCCUACAUGUAUCAUUGAGAAAGAGAAGAGGGAACAGGCAGUCGGAGAUCAUUUAAAAAUGUACAAAGAUGAUUUCAUUGUUCACAUAAUCAACAAACUCAAAGACCAAGGCAUUGACGACAUCAUGUUGGGUGGAAAAAGAGCAGAAAAAGUGGGGACCUACAACACUUUCAUGUAUCAUGGCUCCUCAGGCUCCCCAGUGUUUGAUGCUCGUUGCGGAGUUUUUGGUUUGCACACCGCAGGAUUUGUCUGUGACUCUGCAAAGGAUAGUGUGAUAGAGUUCGCCCAACCUCUGCUUCCUAUAUUUAAACACUUUGUAGGUAAGCUGAAGGAAAGCGGUGAUGUGAAUGUGUUGGAGAGAGUUGAGAAAGAAGCAAAGAGUAAUCAGGACCUGAAAAACAUACUCGAGGCAGCUGACGUUGACGGGUGCUCAGACUCAGAUGAGCCGAUUGACACUGACUGAGUCCUGAGAUUAACAGAACAACAAAAAGUUAUCAAAGUUAAGUCAUCAAGACACACCUGUGUUGCAGCCUCUGCUGCAUGUUUCAUUCUGUAUUACAUGUUCUGUGUGAAUUUGUUGUUGGGGAGUGAGUUCUCUUUUCUGUGUGAGGAUCUGUAAGUUAAUUGAGAGGUUCCAGCUCCAGCGAUGAUUGGCUGACCUCCAGUGAUGCCGAUGCUGCCUGUCAGCUGAUCUGGGACUUGGACUACUAAACUUAUGUCGUUUCCAGAAGACAUAUGAGAUUGAACCUGUCACCUGUGGGCUCGGGUCUUCUCAUACUCCUAAACUUCCUUUUUCAUUUCUGUGAUUGUUAGAUUUGCAUGUUAGGAUUUGUGAACUCUGAUCAUUUUGUGAGCUGACAUGUAGGCCUGUAAUGCUAACGGCUCGAUGUGUUAGCCUUAGGUCAAACUGUUACUCUGCCAGCUUUGUUAAUAGUCAUAAAGAUAAGUCAUUUUUUAAAUCAUUGCAAUUUUUUCUUAUUUUGUAACAUGAUGAAUUUGCUAACAUGAUAAAAAGUGUAAGAAAAUAUGAUGAUGAUUAUUAGAAGGAUGUCACUAGUUGUGGUUUAAUCAAAUCAAAUGAUUAUUUAAAAUUCAAUAAACUGUCAUAUCUGUUGUACCUGA